AUGGCGGCGCCCGAGCCACAGGUGAUGGACAGUGUUCUGGCAGAUCUGGACGUGAUGGUCGAUGAGGAGAUUGCUCCGCAGCAGUUCUUGAUGGCUGAAGACCCGGAGCACGGUGCCGCGCUUUACACCUCACUGGGUGAGGGCUCAAAGCCGGUCUCAAGCGACUCCCUCUUCUCCCAACUUUUCUGCAUUACUUUCGGCAUCGGGGACUUAGCCGGUGAGGUCAUGAUUGGUGAGGAGACGACCUUCUGCUGCAUCAACAGCAAGGCAUUCUGCGGCUUCGGAGGAGAAGGUGGCUGUCCAGCCGCCAACUGCUCCUGCACCAUGCUGCAACCUUACAGGGUCCCCUCGGUGUGCCCAGAGUUGAGACCUGUCAAGUCAGAUGCUCCAAUAGCUUAA